AUGACCUACAUUCGGCAGCAUCAAUUGCCAAAUCUCAAGACUUAUCGAUAUGCUGGUGUGGAUCACUCGCUGAUCAGUCGAUAUGUCCUCAAACCGUUCUAUAACCGAUGCGUGAUCAACUGUUUCCCCAUGGGCAUGGCGGUUCUUAUUUGUGGUAAUCAACUUCAUCACCAUCUUAUGGUACAACCCAACGUUAGAUCACGAUUGCCCUCCAUGGGUCUAUGCCAGCGGAGAACAAGACAAAGCAGCCCCCUUGGGGAGCUGUUUGAUCACAGUGUCGAUGCAUGCAAUACGGCUCUUGGAGUGAUCAUCUUUGCUGGUGUGACGAACCUUGGUCAGAGCUGGGCUACUAUACUGAGUCUCUUCGGAGCCACUAUGACCUUCUAUGUUCAGACAUGGGAUGAAUACUAUACUCAAAUUUUGACUCUGGGAAUCAUCUCUGGCCCCGUCGAAGGUGUCUUGACUCUGUGCACCGUGUUCGCUUUCACUGCAUACCAGGGCGGCGGCAGCUUCUGGCACCGCGCCAUGCUUGAGACAAUCGGUGUUCCCAGAUUGGAUGUGAUUCCCGCUUAUUUAUAUGAGAUGCCCUUUACGCAGUGGUACCUGAUAUACGGCGCCAUCAUCCUCUUCUUUGCCACUGGGUCCAGCAUUGCACAUGUCAUGAAGGUUCAAGCUGAGCGUGGAAAGGACACGGUUAGACCCCUUUAUGGCUUGAUCCCUCUGGUUACAAUGUGGACGCUUGCGCCCGUCUACCUGUACUUGCAACCUACCAUUCUGGAACACUACACGAUUCCAUUCAUGCUGUUAGUGGGCUUGGUCAACGCCUACGCUGUGGGCAACAUGAUCGUUGCACACCUGAUCAAGGCGGACUUUCCUUACUUCUAUAUCUUUAUCGGCAUUGCCCCUCUCGCAUUGGGCGUGCUGGACCGUGCUGCGCCCUUGCUUGGUCUUUGGCAGGGUGUUCUUGGGAACGAAUCCGGUCAGGUCGCCUAUCUCUUCGGAUGUCUGGGUCUGGCCAUCGGUGUGUACGGAAGUUUUGUGCACGAUGUUAUCAUUACAAUAUGUGAUUACAUUGACAUUUGGUGCCUGUCCAUCAAGUAUCCACAUGUCGAAGAGCGGCCGAUUGCUAACGGGCAACCCAAGAAAGUGCUGUGA